AUGGCGACCCCUGAAGAAGGCAGUGACCCCAGUGGCAAAGCAAUGCCUGGGCCAUACAAACAGCCACAGGCACUUGAGCCAAGGGUGGCCCGAAGACGCCUGUCCCAGGCCCGCCACCGAGCCACUCUGGCAGGGCUCUUCAGCAACCUCAGGCAGACCGUUUACUCCCAUUCUGAUCUCACAGCCUCAAAGUGGCAGAUUCUGAAUAAGACGAAGAAUCACAUUCAGGAACUUGAACAAACCCUGGAUAAUCUGCUGAAGCUGAAAGAAUCCUUCAACCUGGAGGAUGGGAAUGCAAGCAGCUUAGAGGAGGUGAAGGAAGAAUAUGCCAGCCUGUACUCUGGAAACGAGAGUCUGUUCUCAAAUUGGUUUCCUCAGAAUGGCUCCUCCCCCUGGUGCCCAACUGAGGCUGUGGGGAAGGAUGCCCAGGAGGAGGAAGAGGAGGAGGAGGAGGAAGAGGAAGACCAGGAAGAGGAGGAGGAGGUGGAGAUGGAGAUGGAGGAGGAGGAGGAGGAGGAGGAAGAGGAAGAAGAGGAGGAAGAAGAGGAGGAAGAGGAGAAAAAAGGAGAACUCUUACACUCUCCAGGCACUUUGUCACCAGACCUCAUGGAAUUUGAACGGUAUCUGAGCUUUUACAAGCAGACAAUGGACCUGCUCACUGGCAACGGCAUAGUCUCCUCGCAGGAGGUGACGCUGCCCAUCGUCUCCGCGGCCAUCUCCCACCUGUGGCAGAACCUGUCUGAGGAGAGGAAGACCAGCCUCCUGCAGGCCUGGGCGCAGAAGCAGGCCCGGCCCGCUCGGGAGCCAGCCUGUCCCGAGGGCAGCGUGAAGGACAGCGGGGUCGACAGCCAAGGCGCCAGCUACUCGCUGGGGUCCACGCCCGAGGAGAUCCUUUUUGAAGAUGCCUUCGAUGUGGCAAGUUUCCUGGACAAAAGUGAGGCUCCAAGUAUAUCCAGCUCCAGUUCAAUGUUUGCCAGCUGCAACGCAGAAAAUCCAGAGGAAAACUUUCAGCUCUAUAUGCAGAUCAUCGAUUUUUUUAAAGGACUUUGUUGUGCUAACACUCAGUUAAAACAGGACGCAGCCCUUCCCAGUGACGAUGAGAUGCUCAUGCUGAGGUGCACGGAGACCUUUGACGAUGAAGAUUUAUAA